AUGGAAUUCCGCUCUGCUCGGCGAGCGGUGCUGCAAUUGCUAGUUGCGGUGGUGCCGGCCGACCGCCCAGCGCUGCUCCAGUGGAUGCGAACGACCCGAGAUUUUGAUGAAUUCACUCAAGAUAAUAAUGAUAUUAUGUUGAAAAGCAUAGCAGAAGACCUUCGGAAUUGCUUACCUCUAGAAACCAUGCUUUCCUCAGAACAUCUAGCCCUUCAAAAGAUACAGCAGCAGCCAGAACCCACAGUUCACAUUGAUGCAUUCCUUUAUGAUGAAGACUUUAUUGAUUCAUUAUGUGAAGAAGGAAAAAUGAGCAGAAACUACUGCAUGACAUGUGGCUCACACCAGACAGCACCUUUAGGAUUUAUUUCUCAUUCCUUCUCCCUCAUGGAAUUGAAGUUCAUUUACCAUCACGUACUCCCUGAUCUGUCAGGAAAGAUCUUGGUUGAUGUUGGCUCCAGGCUCGGCACAGUCCUUUAUGGGGGUUAUCUUUAUAGUUCAGCUUUGCAGCUAUAUGGUGUAGAAAUGAAUGAAGACUUUUGCCAGCUGCAGGAAAUGGUUAUAAAAAAAUACCAGUUCACCGAUAGAAUAAAGGUGCUUCAUGCAGACAUCUGUACCCAGGGUUCACUUCUGCAAAAUGCUGAUGUUGUUAUCAUGAAUAAUGUCUUCGAAUAUUUUCUUAAUGAGGCAGAACAGGCCAGAGCCUGGGAAUAUAUCAGCCAUAAUGUAAGGAAACAAGGAUCGUUACUAGUAACUGUACCAAGUCUUGAAGAGUCUCUCUCAGGUCUUCGGACUAAUAUACAGUUAUCACCUUGGGUUGAAGAGGUACCUCUGAACUAUGAUGUAUACCUAGAAAAGGAUAUUGACAGAGAAGCACUUAAACAAAUUCAUUUAUAUAAGAUUCUAUAG